CGCUCGCAUGACGACAUUCUCUAAACAGGAAAUGGAGGGAAAUGUGGGCCAGUAGACUAGGAAGAGAUCAAGGCCGUGUCGCUGUAUCAUGGCUGUGUAAACUUCCUGCUUUUGGCUGAUCUAUUCGUAGCCGGUCUCGUUUUAAUAGCGCUUCCACAAAUCAUUGGUGCGAUUAGUACGAUUGAUAUUUGAUAGAUACCAGCUGGUGCCGAAUUACGUUCUUUAAUCCUGACCGAAGCCUUGUUGUAAAUCUGUUUAGUGUUCAUAUUUCGCAACCCGUAGUCAAUAUUCACAGAUAUCCUGUAGUUACAAUAUUCCCAAUUUACUAUUGUAUCUAUGGAUUGUUCGCGGAUAACUCGGUCAUACACAGCCCGAACGUUACACCAGUUGGAUCUGUUACGAGCUGGUUAUCAAUGGACGGAUAUUGUACUGUCGGCCGAAGAGGCCGGCAUCGAAUUUCCCGCGCACAAAUGCGUACUAGCCUCCGCCAGUCCAUAUUUUAACGCCAUGUUGCGGAACAAUGCUUUUGUGGAAGCGGAGAAGAAAACCAUCGUUUUGAAAGGAGUAACGGAAAAGGGUAUCCGACUGCUGCUCCAGUUUAUUUAUUCUGGGCAAAUCACAUUGUCAAUGGAGUUUCUAGAAGAGGCUCUGAAAAUUGCGACCCUCACACAGGUGGACGAAUUAAUCGCAGUAUGCGAAAAUUUCUUGAUUGACUCGAUCGAACUGGAUAGUUGCGUGGACAUUUGGCACCAUGCUGUGGUGUUUUCUCUACAUCGGCUGCAAAACCGUAUUCUGGACUUUACCGGCAGAAACCUGACCAAUAUCGACCAGAAAGUUCUGUUGCGGUUUGAAGGUGAUUUUAUGAUACGGUUACUGCGGGACACUGUGAUUACCUCGCUGGAAACCACGGUGCUGAACAUUGUCGUGCAGUGGAUUCAGUUCAACUACAAAUGUCGGGAGAAAUAUGCCAAAAAAUUCCUAAACCACAUUUACUGGGAUCGCAUUCACAUGCGCGAUACGCGUGCCGUUUCCGUCAAAUGUGUCAAGCCGCUGCGACAGUUGAUCAUCGACAGCAGCAAAUCUCCGCCACCGUCCGUACCUCGCGGAAUGCAGCGCUGUAUUCUGAUGCUGGGUGGAUUUGGUCUGGAUGGUCCCACUAACGAGAUUAAAUUUGUCACGAUUAACAACAAAACUGGUAACGUCGGAACAGUCUGGAAACCGCUGACGCGUUUGCCGAUGAAAUAUCGCACCGUGGACUUUGCGACUUGUCCCCUUCCGGAUGGAGGAAUACUCAUUUGUGGUGGAGCUUAUUUUGAUGAUAAUAUGAACGAAUCACGCACAUCUUCAGUGUACAUUUACGAUGUGCACAACAAUCGCUGGAUACUGGCGAAUUCAAUGAAGAAAGCCCGAUCCGGGUGUGUUUCGGUUUGGUUCAGAAAUUUUGUGUACGUUUUUGGCGGCGACGAGGACGGCCAUUCGACAUAUGAACGCUACAACCUAUGCAACAAUUCCUGGGAAUUCAUCGGCAUGUGUCCGUUUUCGGCGGAAAAUUUCGCAUUAUGCACUACCAAAGAUCGAAUACUGAUUUCCGGUGGACUGGAAAACUUCGAUUCCCCUUGCCGGGAUUUCUGGGCGUAUGAUCCAGAAAAUGCGCUGUGGUCACGACUGCUGCCGCUGCCGGUGACCUGCAACGACCAUUGCAUGUUUUAUCACGCCAAGAAAGUCUACUCCGUCGGCGGCUGGACAGUUAAAGCAGGCGAACAAAUUAUUUUGAAGGAAGUGUUUGCUUUUACACCGGAAUCUGGAUGGCAGCGAGAAAACUGGGAUGUACCAUUCGCUAAAGCCUUCCAGCAGUAUGUGUUCACCGGCAAACAUCUUGCGGUCAUCGGAGGCGGGUCCCUCAAGGCGUCUGAUCGUCUGCCUCAACAAAAAUCUAAUCUGGUCAAAAACCGACAGGUGUCUCUGACGUAUUUCGAUCUGGCUGCCAAAGAAUGGGAGAACAAAGGACAGGAUAACCUGAUAGAUGCUAUCUGGGAUCAUGAAACCGUGGUCGCGUUUUUACCGAUCAGUGCCAGCUACGAAAACUGAAAUAACUUUGUCUGAUGCGUCCGUCGAUACUGUACAAACUCUGACUAAUUUUUUAUGCUUAAAAAUGACAUAAAA